GCUGAGGCGCUGAGGCGAGGGGGAGCCGGCGGUGCGUUCUCUGCGCCGUGCCGGGACGACGCUGCUCCUAAACCAGCCCGGGCUGGGGUCUCCGGCGGCGUGUGGGGCUCGGCGGGGAAGAAAAGGCCGAAGCGGUGAUGGAAGCGCCCAGGAGGAGCGCUUAGGGCAGGUGCAUUUCCCCCGUCGGUGUGUGCCUCUGGCGUCAGGCGGUGGGGAGGAGCGGGGUUGCCUCCCCCCUCGCCAAAGGGGUUCGCUCUGGGCCAGCCCGAGUCCUCGCCUGCAGUUCCCCUCUCCCCUUGGCCAUCGACAGAAGUGUAGCCGUACAGACUAGGCUUAGACCCGAUUAACAAACAGCAGGACACCUCAGGCCCCAGGCCGAGACAGGCUGGGUUGGCUUCUCUUCUGUCAACGUGAAUUACCCCCCUCGCUAACAGCUUGCAGUAAGAGCUGCUGCUCCACACUGGGCAGCACCUUCAUGCUCUAAUUUACCUUUGAUUUCGGUUUUCUUGGUUUUGUUUCCCUUCUGGUUGUACAGUAGCUACGUAGGAAUUGCACACGGGUUUCACUUUCUUAGAGGAAAUGGGAUCGGUGGCUCCCCCCGUGACUUAAUUGGCUCUUCAGACACUUCUGUGCUAAAACCUGAAAAAUAAUUGGCGUCUUUCUAGCAAAAGGUAUUUAGAAAUUAUUUUUUAAAAGGAGCAAUAGUAAGGUUUCAGUGUAUGCAGAGCCGUUACCUGUCUUGGAGCCUCUGUCACACAGUGUCAGAAGUCAGCUUGAAAUACCUUCGAAGGCAGCAGUGACUUGUUGCGUUUCUCUGAUUCUCACUUACAUUGUCUGUGCCGUGCAAGGAAUACGAAAGUCUUCAGGGCUCUGUACUGACCUAAAGGCCUCAGCAUUUGCCAUUUUUGGAACAUGACUUUGGAGCGAAAUCCUGACUGGAAGUGUUCUGCGCUGUCUUUUAUUCUGUAGUGAAGCCUUUAAGUCAGGUAUUCAGCUUGAAACAAGGGCCUGAUUUGUGGAACUGGUGGGCAGUUAAAGCUCCAUCUGAAGCUAAUGAGAAUUGCAGAUGCCCUAAUACCACUGAAAAAAAUCAGGCCCUAGGCCUGAUUUGAACUAGUAAAAAGCCUGAUCUGAUCAAUUGAUGAAUCUUGCUGAGGGAGGUACGAGUACAGGACUGGCACUGAAGUCAGCUGACUUUCUUGUUCAGGCCAAGUAUAGCUAUUCAUCUGCAGUACAUCAGACUGCUGUGGCCAGUGGGUAUUUUGUUGGAAGCUAUUAUGAAGAAUGGAAGUACUGCUGGGGGAGGCGCUUACUGCCGAAAACCAGCCAGUAGCAAUGAUCAAAGUAAGCCCAAUAGCACAAAGGAGAGCAAUGCAUCUGCUGCAGGUGAAAGUGGAAAAGGCUACACCAAAGACCAAAUGGAAGGAGUAUUCAGUAUAAAGAAAUGUAAAAAUUAUUAUGAAGUCCUUGGGGUGUCAAAGGAUGCAGGUGAAGAAGACCUAAAGAAGGCUUAUAGAAAACUUGCUUUGAAGUUCCACCCAGACAAAAACCAUGCACCUGGAGCAACAGAGGCUUUUAAAAAAAUCGGAAAUGCAUAUGCUGUGCUGAGUAAUCCAGAAAAACGAAAGCAGUAUGACCUUACAGGCAGUGAAGAGCAAACAUGCAGUCACCCUAGCAACGGUAGAUUCAACUUCCAUAGAGGUUGUGAGGCAGAUAUGACUCCAGAGGAUCUAUUCAACAUGUUUUUUGGAGGGGCCUUUCCAACAGGUGGUGUACAUUCAUUUUCUAAUGGUCGUGCUGGCUACAGUCAUCCUAAUCAGCACCGUCAGAGUGGACAUGAGAGGGAGGAAGAGAGGGGUGAUGGAGGUUUCUCUAUGUUCAUUCAGCUGAUGCCUAUUAUUGUGUUGAUCCUUGUCUCCCUGUUGAGCCAGCUGAUGGUAUCUAACCCUCCUUAUGCCUUAUACUCAAGAUCAAGUACAGGGCAAACCAUAAAAAUGCAGACAGAAAACUUGGGUGUCGUUUAUUAUGUCAACAAGGACUUUAGAAAUGAAUACAAAGGAGUGUCAUUACAGAAAGUGGAAAAGAGUGUGGAAGAGGAUUAUGUGUCCAACAUUCGUAAUAACUGUUGGAAGGAGAGGCAACAAAAAACAGACUUACUUUAUGCAGCAAAAGUAUAUCGAGAUGACCGUCUCCGAAAGAAAGCAGACUCCAUGUCCAUGGACAACUGCAAAGAACUAGAACGACUGACCAGCCUCUAUCGAGGAGGAUGAACUAUAAUUAUACACGUACAUCUUUACAUAUGCGGUUAUCUCUCUUGUAAAUUAAGAAGAGAUUUAGUUUCACCAUGAGUGCUGGAAAGAGGGGUGGAUGUAAAACUCUACUGUGUAGCUGUUUCCAGAAACCUUAUGCUGAAAUAUCAUUUAAUGGCUUCUUUACCUACUGUGAAAUAUAGGUAACUUUAAUUGUCUAGAUUUUACUUCAAAGCUUCUGUGAAUUCUUUCAGCAGAGAGAAUAGCUCAGAAAGGAUGCUAUACUUGUAGAGACUUAGUCAUAGUGGUUCUCCUCUAACAUAAUUGCCAUGUAAAUAUCUGUGGAAAGAACAAUUUGUGUAUAUACGAGUUAAAUGACUUUCUAUUUAAAAUCUCAGAAAUUUAGUUCCAUGCAACAUUUUUGUCUCACUGAUGGAAUAAAUAGUAUGAUUACAUCACUCCUAUUCAGAUGUCAAGUGUGUGGAGUUGAAACAAGAAUUUUUAAUAUUUUAUCUCUAACUCUAUGUAAAAUCUUCUAGGUUUACCAGCUUAGAGGAACUUGGUAUUUUUAAAUAUAAUGGCAUAUAUUCCUAAAUAUCUGUUGGGGUAUAUUGAUCUGGUGUAGAGUAGCAGUUAGCUCUUGUAGUUUUUUAGCGUUUCUAAGCAAUGCUGAGAAAACUAAGAACUACACUAAUCUCUUUUCAAAGUAAAUAUUUGCAAAUGAUGUACAGACCACUAUAAGCAUUGCUUUUAGUACUUGCAACAGUUUACAGCAGCUCUACCAUUUGGUAUUACAGUAGUAGUAAGUCCAUACGUAUGGUUAACAUGCAUCCAUAGCUUCCUUAGUUUUCACUGGAAAGGUAGAGGAAAACAUGCAAUAGUAAAAUCUUAA